AUGCGUGUAGCUCUCGCCCUCUUGGCGAUCCUGUCCGCCACGGUGGAUGCAAGGAAAUGUGAUGUGUGCUGGUUGACAUCCCUGCAAUGUACCCCGCCCACAGGCACUCCAUCCGCUGGAAAGCCAAUUGCAACCACGAACUGCAACUUCGGAUACAGUGAUGGGUCCUUCUCAAAAGAUGAUACCGACAACGGUUUGGAGCCUCUCAGCUACCAGGUCGCAAUGUACACCGGCUGCGGCAAGGGUGCCACCGACCCUGCCUAUUGCAAUGCGACUUCGAGCGCGAUGAAAGCGAAGAUGGUCUUUGGAAGUGAUGGAAGCAGUCUCAGUUAUGCUGCUACCAUUCCAUACAUCGACCAUAGCAAGGGUGUUCGCCUCUUCUCCCUUGCGGCUGUUGGCAGCGACAUUCAGAUGGUUGAGCUGAGCUUUCCCAGACCUGACUCUAAGACCAACAAGCUCUCUUCAUGGAAAGGAAAGGAUGUCACUGACUCCAACAAGGUCCUCAUACCCUCCACUGAGCCACUUGCUGCCAUCCAGGCUGGAAGCUUGUCCACCUGGUGCACAUUCCUCGGAGCAAGCGGAAACUGGUUGAUCGAGAGCAGGGUGGAGAUUAACAUCCAGGCGACUGUGCUCUACCGCUAUGCUGUUGGUCAGAUCCCUAAAAUCACUGCCACAUAUGCCAUGCCUGACAAGAAGACCCUCUACGUGGCAAACGACAAGUACUUGUUCAUGUUUGUUUCCGAUCAUGCCAAGGAUCUCACGUCCGGGCAUCUCUAUGUUGCUAAGAUGGGCUCCAAGGACGUGAAGUGGCUCGACAUGGGCAAAACCAAUGCUACUGCCGUCAAGGAUGAGAUGAAGAAGGGCCUGAAAUUCGAUGACUACAAGUCCUCGGGCAAGAUCAAGGCUGGUAUGGAGGGAGUUGCUUCCAGGUUGUUCCCCGAAGAUUAUGCAAGCAUGCUUGGCGCCACCGAAAUGAGCGGAAUCACUGGUUUGACUUACAACAUGGACGACAAGGGCGCCACUGGCAAGGAGGCUGCUCUCGGUGCAUUCUUUGUGUCGUUUGCUGGAAGCAUGAAGAGCUCGGCCUUUGGAGGUACUGAUCAGACUUGCGGUACCAUCUACAAGUUCGACGUUGGAUCUCUCACCACCUGCGAUCUCUCUGGAGCCAAGUGCACUUCUGAUGAGAAGAAGAAGGCCAAGGCCGUCUGCUCUCUCGGUCUCAAGACCUUCGAGCCGGACUUUGUCGCUGGUGGCUCUUGCAAGAAGAUCCAGGACCCGAUCUACAUCAACUUCGCCUCCUACCACAACAUGCUCUUCGUCGCCGACUCCAAGUCCAAGGUCUGGGCCGUCGACUUCAGUGGAAACGGCAUCUCGCAGGAGCCUGUCCUCAUCUUCGAGGCUGUAGGAAACAUUGCCGGAAUCACCUGGCUCAGCAACCUCGUUGGAGAUGGCCGCUCCUAUCUGUCAAUCAACGUCGGAGAUGCUAAGACCGGAAACAGCUACAUUGGCUACCUCGGUCCGUUCACUCUCAAGGGAUACAUGUCUGGAUCCUACGACGUGCUUCACAACAUCGGCUGCCCCAUCCGCGGCAAAGAUGACUACUUGUACGAAGCUACCAAGUAUGUCGACCCUGUAGUGCAGUAAUGCUGGCAAGUCUUUUGUAUGUAAUUUUCAAGAUCUGUUUGUGAGAGACUUGAAAAAUGUUUGUUUGUUGAAUAUAUUUCGUUAUUCUC